UUCGAAAACAUCCGGUGGCCCCUGUUCCUUGAAAGUAAUAUAAAGAGAGAGGCAGUCCUCUGUUUCACCCAAACGACUUAUAGCAAAGAAAGAGAUAGGGAGAGGGGAGCUGCUAGGCCAUCUCCGGCGAAGGAAGCUUCGGCCUUUCCUUGGCCGAAACCCACAUAUCAGACCGGAUUUUGGAGACAAAUAGCUUGGUCGGUAUUCUCUGUUCCUAAACCAGCCCUCAUCCACCCAAAUAUUCUCCGAAAAACUCAUUUCCACCCAAAAUCCGCCGGAAUCCGGCUUGACCGGGUUAAAAUUUGAGAUUUUUCUCAAAUUGAUUGUAUAUAUAUAUAUAGUGUUAGACGUCAUUGUAGCUGGAUAUAUAUAAAGCAAAGGUUAAAAUAAGAAGGCAUGGCUGUAAAGCUCAACUACUUCGCCUUUCAAUCCCUUCAUCUGCGACCAGCGAGAGCUCAGAGAUCUCCCAAGUUUUCAAUGACUUCCACUCUGUACUCAGGCCGUGCUAGAGAAGCAAAUGUUAAUGUAGUUUGUUCCAUGUCACCGGAAAAGGUUGAAAUCUUUAAAUCCAUGGAGAACUGGGUCAAAAGCAACAUCUUAACUAUGCUAAAACCUGUUGAGAAAGCUUGGCAACCACAAGACUUUUUGCCAAAUCCUACCUCAGAUGGAUUCGUCGAGCAAGUCAAUGAACUCAGGGAGAGAACAAAGGACAUUCCCGACGACUACUUUGUUGUCUUAGUCGGCGAUAUGAUCACGGAAGAGGCCCUUCCAACCUACCAAGCACAUAUCAAUGGCACCGAGAUUUUUCACGAUGAAACGGGUAGCGAUAACACACCUUGGGCAACCUGGUCAAGGGGAUGGAGCGCAGAAGAAAACAGGCAUGGUGAUCUUCUCAACAAAUAUCUCUACCUUUCAGGACGAGUGGAUAUGAAACAAAUCGAAAAGACAACACAUUAUCUGAUUGGGUCGGGAAUGGAUGUCGGCACCAGGACAAGUCCCAGCUUUUUAACUAUCUACACAUCGUUUCAAGAAAGAGCAACAUUUAUCUCCCAUGGUAACACAGCCAAGCUUGCCAUGAAGCACGGGGACGAAAAGCUUGCCCAAAUAUGCGGCACAAUUGCCGCCGACGAGAAGCGCCACGAAAUUGCUUAUACCAAAAUAGCCGGGAAGCUUUUUGAGCUUGAUCCAAAUGGAACUGUCGUGGCCUUCGCCGACAUGAUGAGGAGGAAAAUAUUAAUGCCUGCGCACUUGAUGUACGACGGCCGUGACGAAAAUCUUUUCGACAACUUUGCAAAUGUUGCCUCUCGAAUUGGCGUGUAUACUGCCAGGGACUAUGGAGAAAUAUUGGAACAUUUGGUGGCAAAAUGGAACGUGGAGAAACUGAGUGGACUCUCGAGUGAGGGGAGAGAAGCCCAGGAUUACGUAUGUGGAUUAGCUCAGAGACUGAGAAGGCUCGAGGAAAGAGCUAUUGCUAGGGCUAAAAAAGCACCCACCGUUUCUUUCAGCUGGAUUUCCGGCCAGUAGAGAGGUGAAGCCAUAGAGGCUUGCUACUAUACACUGCCACUACCCACAAACAAAUUGGAGGAGUUUGCAAUAAACAGUCAUCUAAGUUUUUUUUUUUUUUUUUUUAAGCUUUUUUUGCCUGUUUAUUUACUGUUAUAUAUCUGUGUAUUCUUAGUGUUUUUGUAGCUAUGUAUUUAUCUAGUUGUGGGUUGAAUACAAUCUGUAACUUGCUGAUCUU